AUCUGAAAGAAGAUAGUCAUGUACUCCUAGUAUGGCUUGAGGGUCAGAAAAUCUUGAGGUAAUUUUAUUAAGUCUUGUUUUCCGAAUCAAAUAUUUAAAAUGAAGACUCAAAAACCCUAUUUGCAGAUUUUUUCAUCAUUUAACUUUGAUCAUUUGUUCAGAAAGCAAGACUUAAAGUCUUCAGUAAUUUUGCUUCUCAAGUAAAUGUAUCUUGAUUGGAAAAUGUGUAGAUAUUUGUACUGGAGACUAAAAUACUGAGGCAGAAAAUCUCUUUUUUGCAGUGCAUGUAAAUGCAAAAACAAUAAAAGAAAAGCAAAAACAGACACCUAUGAAGUAAACUGACUUUUUCUCAGGAGAAACAUCUGAGAAGCAAAAGUCUCCAUUGCAUUGCUCUCACAAUACAGUCCAGGAGAAACAGUCGAGAUCUUACUGUGGAAACAUUAAAAAGAUGGAAAUUUCUUUUGAUGAGAUUGCUUUUUAGCAAGCUAAAUUAGGUAGUAAGACAGGCCCAAAGCAUCGUGAGGAACCACAGCUGUCUGACGGGCUGAUAAGCGCCGCGUACGGCCUAUCAACAACAGCGCACCACAAGUGCUGGAUAAAAGCUGUGUGUGUGUGCUAAUAAUAUCAUCCAGUAACAGGCCGAGGAUGAACAAUAAGAGGGUGUCUUAAAAAAGAGAGGCAUUGUUCUAGAGCAUCACUUUGAAGAACAUUUCUCUGCCCAUCUGAACUGCAAGGUUGAAUCGCCAUUGUAAAGAUGCCCGAACAAGAGGUAAGAAAAAAGUCCAAGAUCUCUGCAUCUCGCAAGCUGAUGCUAAAGAGUCUUAUGGUAGCUAAAGCAAAGGAUGACUUAGAGCAAGAGCUGGUCGAGAAAGAGGCAGAGAAGGAGAGAUAUCUGGCUGAGAAAGCUCCUCAGAUACAGACUACUGGGAUGUCUUUCGCUGAGCUUCAGGAGCUGUGUCGGGAACUACACGCUAAAAUUGAUGUGGUGGACGAGGAGCGCUAUGACAUCGAGGCUAAAGUGCUUCACAACACAAGAGAAAUCAAAGAUCUGAACAUCAAAGUCCUGGACCUGAGGGGCAAAUUUAAGCGACCCCCCCUGAGAAGAGUCCGAGUCUCAGCUGACGCCAUCCUGCGCUCUCUGCUGGGCUCCAAACACAAGGUGUCCAUGGAUCUGAGAGCAAACCUCAAAUCCGUCAAGAAGGAGGACACAGAGAAGGAAAAGACAGUGGAGGUCAGUGACUGGAGGAAAAAUGUGGAGGCCAUGUCUGGAAUGGAAGGAAGGAAGAAAAUGUUUGAUGCAGCGCAGUAAACAAGUGAUCACAAUCAACAUCUGUAAACAUGCAAGAAAUCAGGGUGGGAUGAAGUACAGAGGUGACAACGCUGAUUAAAAAUACAUCCCUCGUUUUGAUAAUGUGCUUCAAAAGCUUCAAACCCAUAUGAAAUAAACUAAGAUAUAGGAAUGCAUUCAUACUUGUCAAAUACAAAAUGAUUUGUCAGUGUGUUCAAUAAGUGUCAAAUUAAAAGCCCUGCGAUGUGAAACGUGUCAUAAACAUUGUACUGUAAAUAAAUUGUGUAAUCUCCA